GUGAACUUUUAUUCACCUUUAUACUAUAUGUAUCAUACACUCUUCUUUUGUUUUCUUUCACUAAUUGCCACACUCUUCUGUUCCAAGGCUUGUACUUAAUGCUCUUCCUCUACAAUACCUAAUUUUCUCAGUUGCAUCCCUUUGCAACAUUUUCUCAUAUAGUCUUCUUCCUUAUGCUUCCUCCUGCAUCUUACCUGUUCAGUGUGCAUGUGCAUCCCAGUCUUUUUUUUUUUAUCCUAAGAACUCUAUACUCAAUGAUAUACUGCAAUCAAUACAUCUUGAAACAUACUAAACACAUUGCUAAUACUGAUCCUCUCUAUAUAUUUCAUCUUAGCUUUUCUUAGUCUCUUACAUAUAUUCCUCUUUCUCUUCUCUAAACUCUUUCCUGCCAUCCUUUUCUCUCAGCCUUAUUCAUCUGUCUUGUAUCAUCAUCCUGCUAGAACAGCACAGUGACCUCCUCCUUGUGGCAUAUCUCUCACUUCCAUAGCAUCCAACACAUCUAUUCUCAAUUUUUUCUCCACUGUUUUUAUAAUCAGUCAUACUCUUCUGCUCAUCCCUUUCAUUCCACCCAGUACUUAAAAAUAUGAGAGCAUGAAUAACUUGAGUCUGCAAAGAUGAUGUGCAUAAACAGGAUGAAGCAGAAACUUGCUGUAUCAGUCUCCUCAGACUUUCAAGGAAAAUUUGGCAGGCAACAUGGCAGACGGAAUGUUAUCACUUUCCUGGAAUAAUCACAGCACAACCUUCAGCCACACCUUAGCAGCGCUCAGAGCCAAGGAAAGAUACACAGAUGUUACCUUAGCCUGUGAAGGCAAAUUUUAUCAAGUCCAUAAAUUAGUCUUAUCAACUUGUAGUGAAUAUUUUGAGAACAUGUUUGAUCACACUCCUUGCAAACAUCCAGUGAUUGUGCUAAGUGAAAUACACCGGGAAGAGUUAGAGGCCCUCUUGAGCUAUAUGUAUGCUGGUUAUGUAAAUGUUGCUGAAAACAGUUUAGCUAGACUGAUCAAAGUUGCUGAACUAUUGGAAGUUAAGGGUCUUGCAGUUCCUGAUGAACCUCCAAGCAGUGGAAAGAGAGCUUCUAAUGGCCAUCGGACAAAUGAGAGCAGGGUAAGCCCCCUUGCCCGAAAUGUGCAGUCACACAGCAGUACUAGUGAUGACAGAAAUAUGUUGGCUACAAGGUCCCAAAGCCCUAGUGAUGACAGAACAAGCCCACAUCCUAAAAGACAGAGGACAAGAAGUGAAGUGUCUCUCCUUGAAAAUACUCAUUCACCUAAAAGAUCUCCUUUGAAAGAAGCUUCAAGACUUACUGAUUAUGAUCACAAGGAAGAAGCUGAGCCCUCCUGGGAUGAAGAUGAUGGUGGUGGUCAGAGAAUCAGCAGAGCUGCUGAGGAUCAGAUUGCAUACCAACACCAGGAAUCCCUCACUGACAAAGUACAGGUUACCUUAGAUGAAAACCUGGUCAAAGAAGAACUUGUAGAGGAUCUGAGAGAUGGGCACAGUCACUCUCCUAAAUAUGAAAAUAUGGCUGACAACACUUCAGCUGGUGGCCAGAGCAGUGUGAAACUUAUGAUUCCCAAGUACGAGCAGUCAUCAGAACAGGAGCCCAUCGUCCAGCUUGGCUUGGGACAGCAGCCGCCCCUCCAUGAGGCAGUCAUAGAAGCUUUAGCUGGACCUUCUGGUAUGCAAGGGUGGGCUGGUGGAAGUGAGGCCAGCAGAAGGCUGGAGGCAGGGGGUGACUUGUCUUCACUUCCCCUGUGUCAAACUGGAACACAGUCCAUUCCACCACUGGUAGGAGUGUCCACUGAAGACUUGUGCAGCAGGGGAAGCUCAGAUGUGGGGAUGGAUUGCACCACUAAAAAGAAGAUGAAACACUGUCCCUAUUGUCCAUAUUCAACAACUAGGCUCUCACACAUGAUCAGUCACAACAUAACCCACAUUAGCAAAAAGUUUUUCAGUUGUCCUGUGUGCUCAUUUCAGACCAGCACAGCUGAAAACCUGAGAAUGCACAUACGUAACCAUGCAAGGGGCUUGCCACAUAUGUGUAAUAAGUGUCCUUUAAUGUUCUUCACAAAGGGAAGCCUCAUUACUCAUCUACAGUUACAUGAUGUGCCAUCCCACCGUGGUGGAGUUUAAGACACAAGUUAUGAUACCAAAAUAUGGCAUCUGGACAUUUAUGGACUAAAAGUAUUUCUGAACUGACAGAAAUGGUAUCCUACAUGCACUUCUAAUAUCUUUAAAAUGGCACACAUUGUUAGUAUAUGCUAAGUUGUGGGGCCAUUAUCCUCAACAUAGAACUUGAAUGGGCUAAAUUAAAUUUGUAAAGGAAAAAGCAAGUUCUGCUCAUGCAUCAUGAAAGGCUCACCAAAACAUACCAGCCUAGAUGCAGUGCUGAACAACUUACUCAACAAUAACAUGUUAAAAACAACAAACAUUAGAAAUUAAACAUGAAGUUUUUAACAUGGUAGCUAUAGUAUCAUGUUUAAGAGCACAGAUGAAACUACAAAUACAUCAAGACUGCCAGUGUAAUGUUUUCGUACCAUGAUGUCAUCAAAUUUUAUUUAUACAUAUUGCUUCAACUUCAGUCAGUUAGCUUCAGUCUUGCUUAAAGCAAAAUUCAGGACUUGUUGCAUCAGUCACAAAUUGUUAAACCACAUGAGUAUGCCACAACCUUACAAAGAUGAGCAAUCAUGCCAUGAUAUUUUACCAAAAACAAAUACCCAGUAUUAUGUGCCACUACAGGGGAGUGAUAAACUUGGGAUUGAGUUUUUUUCCUACUGAAAGCUAGCCAUUUUCUACUUCUGCUGAAUGGCCCAGUAUUAUCCAUACCCCAUCAUCAACCCUGUCUUCAGUUGCAACCAUGUGGGCAACCAAAAGAGUGGCAAAAAGCUUCUACAGAUAUCACUUUAAAAAAAAUUAUACCCAUACUACCAUGGGUGGAACCAACUAUCCAAGCCUCCCAAGAAAUAUAAGUAAAGGUUUAUCAUCCAAGCUUCCAUGAACAAGCCUACAGGUAAAAGAGAAAAAAAUAAAUAAAAUAAAAUAAAAUAAUAAUAAUAAUAAUAAUAAUAAUAAUAAUAAUAAUAAUAAUAAUAAUAAUAAUAAUAAUAAUAAUAAUAACAAUAAUCCUGUGAAAUAAUACUUUUGUCAAAUUUCAUAAGUAAAUGAACUGUUCAUAUGUGUUUGUAUUUUACCUGAACCAAGUUAUCUUAUUGAUCAUAGGGGUUACAUCAGAAAUCAGGUCAAGUCAGACUACUGACAAAUACACAGCAAGUUAUGUCCUCAAAAAUAGAAACCUGAGUCCAUAUCUCUUCAAAACAAUAUCAGACAUAGUAAUUACCCACAAAAAAGAACUUUGAUCUUGCUUAAUGUAAAAACACUGUAGCACAGAAAUGUCUGGUAUACUGUGGUGUAAAUGAGUGAUAAAUAAAAGAUAAAUAAAACUUAGUCUCU